AUGGCUGGACUUAAAAUCGGCGACACUGAAGACAUGUUCUACGAGAACCUCUCUCUUGGUUUGGCAAAAGUUUUGAACAAUAUUCCACGCAUUACGAAUGUGACUCUCGAGAAACGGCUUCCGUGCGAAAAGGCACAAGUCACGGCCUGGGAGUCAAGGCAUAACGUGUACCUGCCGGAUGAUAUGAAACGGUUUUACCUCUCCACCGAUGGCUUCAACUUCUACUGGAGCUAUCAGUAUUCGCCGAACGACGUACGGCGCGUGGGUCACAUUCACUUUCCCCAUCUUAUCCAGAUAACGCUAGUGCGUGAUAACAUCGACACCAUCCUGAGCGUGAGCCCGAACACAUCCUUAACGGCACCGCCAAUCAUCCGCCAAUCGAACUACGUUGAUCUCAAUUCCGGUCAUCUGGAUCAUCUGAAUCUGAACUCGAGGAGCAAAAUUUUCGAACUCAGCACGAUAGCCAACCUGGCCAAGGUGUGCCUCGUGUACGAGACACCGGAAACAUCGACGCCAAAGAUUUUUCUCCUCGAAACCAACUCACUCCGUUGGCAGUUUUUGGCGGAGUCCUUCACGGAGUACCUGCGUAUGAGCAUUGCCCACCUUGGGCUGCCGUACUGGGAGCUAUGUUUCUCUAGCUGUGGACUUCCGGCAUGGACGGAACAGCUGUUUCUGCUACUCGCGCCGCAUCUCCUAGAACGGAACGACUGCCGGCGGCUCAAGAACAUUGUCUGCAUCAACGAGAAUCCACCAUACAACGUGCUGGAUCCGGCCGUUUUUCGGACUAAAUUACGUUGCUCGCGCCAGACCCAGAAAAUGCGUCUAAAUAACUAG